ACAAUUAAUUCAGAAAUAAAUCUGUAGUUUACAUUAUGACGACAAACGUUAGAGCAGCGGUAUCGCAAAUAUUGCGCAAUAAAGAUGACGCUGGGGAAGAAGACGAUGAGCCGAAAAAAAAGUCCAGGGAGGACUGGAGGAAGGCCAAGGAGUUGGAAGAAGCUCGUAAGGCUGGAACAGCACCCGCUGCUGUUGAUGAAACAGGCAAAGACAUAAAUCCCCAUAUUCCGCAAUACAUCUCCUCUGCGCCAUGGUAUUACGGCACCAGUGGACCCACUUUAAAGCAUCAGAGGCCACAGGAAGACAGGGAGGCUCAAUUCACCAAACUUGAUACUUAUUAUCAUAAAGGAGUUGAUACU